AGUCUCUGCGCGCUGUCUUCCAACCCAGCCGAGGGAUUUAGCCGCUGGUGGGUGAGCCGGCACCCUUCAAAGCUGGGAUGAUGGAAAACAGCAAUGAUGAUGAAGCAAAGCUUGAAGAAGAAAUAGAAGCUGAAUUGGAUAAAAUCAGCAUUUCUUCAUUGGAAAAAGAUGAUGAUGAUAGUGAUUCAAAAUCAGAAACCCAGAGUGUUGAUAGUGAUACAGAUGUGGAUGAGUUACCUGAGUCAGUUCUUCACUGUAUUGAUAUCAUAAAGAAUAAGAGUAAAACUGUUGAAGAGCUCAUUCUUCAGGACUUGGAAGAUACAGAGGUUUUAAACUAUAGUUAUGGAGUGGUUUCUAAUAAUCAUAUGCAUUUAAAGAUAGAAUUACCAACUGAACAUAAAGAAAAUCCGGAACAAUUAAUAAAGAUGUUAUCUGAAAUAGAAAAAGAAGAAUUUCUGAGGAGUAAAACCCAUUGUAGCAGUCCUGAUUCUAUUCCAGAGCCUGGUCCUCAUGAUUUGCCUGUAGAUGAACAUGUUUUGUCAGAUGAUACUGAUAUAAAUUUUGGAUACUGUGAAGUGGAAGAAAGAUGUAGGCAGUCUUUUGAAGCUUGGCAAGACAAACAGAAAGAACUGGAAGACCAAGAGAAAGAAACUCUCAAAGCUCAAAGGGAUAGAGAACAAAAGCAAUUUGAAGAAGAAGAAGAAAAGAGACAUUGCUGGAUGAAACAGUUUGAAGUUGAAAAGAAGAAAUUAGAGAAUAUUCACAAGCAAGAACAGGACAAGAUGAAUGAUGAACUCCAUAAAGAAGAGAAAAUAUGGAAAGAGAAAUUUAAACAGCAUGAGGAGUUUAUUAAAAAGUUGCAUCUACAAAUAGAAGAAGAAAGAACAAGAUUUAAAGAUCUGCAAGAAAAAGAAAAAAUGCGUUUGUUAAAACUGCAUCAUAAUGCAGCUGUAAAAAUUCAAGCUAAAUAUAAAGCAUUUGUGGUCUACCAAAAAUAUGGUCCAAUCAUAAAAGAACAAAUAGAAAGUAAGAAAAGGAAAGCACAAGAGUGGAAAGAAAAAGAAGCAAAAAUACGACAGAUGGAAGAAGAAAAACGAAAGAGAUUGGAGGAAGAACAAAAGAUUGAAGAAGAGAUAAAAAAGCAGAAGCAAGAGGAAAGGGAGAGGAGAGAAAUAGAAUAUGAAGAAAAAAAGAACAUCGUGAGAAGAGAAAAAGAGCAACUAUUAAACAAGGAAAAAUUAAGAUUAAGAAGAGAUGCAAGCAGACAGCUAAUAAUAAGUAGAGCAUUAAAGAAAGGUGAAUAUAAUGCAAAACAUUUAACUGUUGAAGAUACAUCAAAGAAUAAGGAUGAUAUAGCCAAAAAGGUAGGGGAGGAAAAGUCAAAGGAGUGGGAAGAUGUUCCCCUCUGGCUAGUUGAACAAUCAACUAAGAGAAAAAAUGUAGGUAGACAGCUUGUAUUAAAAGAGCCAAUGCAAGUGCAAUGGAAAGAUUCUAUACCAAACCAGGUGAUUUUGGCAGAAAUAGAAAUGGAAGUAAAAAAUGAAAACCUAGCAAAACAACAACAUUCCACAAAAAUCGUCACGCAAGAAAGAAUAUGUGAAGAUGUAGACAAAAAAACCGAAUUGGAAUACCCAGGUCUGAAAGAAAACGUGAAUGAACAGUUUCAUCUGCAAGAAUUAAAGUCUCAAAUGCAAAAAGGGGAACAUGUGAAACCUGCCAUAAAUGAGAAUGUGAGACAAGACACCCAAACAAUAAUAUUAGGACAUAGUCAAGGAAUUAACAAGGUGAAAAACAAUGAAGCACAGAAAAUAAUCAAAGAUAAUCAACAGAAUAAGGUACAAAAAGUAGAAAAAGAAGAGAUAUCAGAACAGAAUGGACCACUAUAUGAAGAGAAUAAUAUUUUAUUAAUUUCAGUGAAGCAACAACCACUAAAAUUAGAAAAUCCUAAAGAUAUAGGGGAAAAUGUGAUACUACAAGAACAAGAAGUUGAUUUAAUUUCCAAAGAAACUGAGGAGAACCGAGAAGGCAAUACUCUGAAUAGUGAUGUGAUUUUUAACAGCAGUGAUUCCAUGAUAAAUACAGAAAACAAAAUAAAUGAGCAAGAUUAUACUUUAGGAGGAAAUGCUCUUUGGGAAGAUUUGGGAGGUUUUGAUGCAAAAAAUUCCUUAGUUUUUAAAGAAGUAAACUCUCUUAAGUCUCAAAUUAAAGAAACCGCAGAAGAAUGUCAUAAUAAUAGAGCUGAAUGUGAAAAUAUUGUGACCUGUACUUUACCAAAGUCAACACUUCUAUCUUCUAUUGAAGAAAAGAGGCUAGCUUGGAUAAAAUCAUUUAAACCUUGGUUUGAAAUUUUCAAGCAAAAUCAACAAAAGGAAAUUGUUAGGACAAAGAGACCUGUAAAAUGCCCAGCCAACACGAUGCCUCCUUUGAAUACACUAGACAUUCUUCAGUGUGGCCCUUGGAAUACUUUACAGCAGGUUACAACAGUUACAUUUGAAGAUUUGCCAGGUUGUAGUCUUUCCACACUGGCAGAGUGUCCAAAUCUUCAAUUUCUGUCUCUUCGACGCUGUGGAUUAACUUCUUUGCACAGCCUGAGUAACUGCAAAAAGCUGAAGCACAUUGAUGCACAGGAAAACCAUAUUGAGUCUAUCAAUUGUGAAAAUUUGGAAAAUCUCUGUGUUGUUCUUCUUAAUAAAAAUCAACUGACUUCUUUUCAUGGUUUGGAUGGCUGCACUAAUAUCCAAAAUCUUGAACUUUCACAUAAUAAAAUCACUCGAAUUGGUGGUUUAGAAUCUUUGAAAAAUCUUCAGCAACUAAUUGUGGACCACAAUCAGUUAAUUAGCACAAAAGGCCUUUGUGAUACUCCUACCAUUAUAUACCUGGAUUGCUCACAUAAUCAUCUUACUAAAGUUGAAGGUAUCGAAAAGUGUGGAUUACUCCAAAUACUGAAGUUACAGGGAAAUUAUCUAAGUGAGCUUCCAUCCUUGGAGAAUCAUGUUCUACUAAGAGAAUUGCACUUGGAUGAUAAUAGCAUUUCAACUGUGGAAGCACUUUCUUCAUAUUGGUUGCCUUUACUACACAACCUGACUAUCUCUCAAAACAGCUUGACAAAAAUCAUACCACUUUUUCAUUUUGUUUCUUUGGAAAAACUAGAUGUCAGCAACAAUUGUCUUUCUGAUCUUACAAGUGCCAUUAAGUGGUUUAAUGCAUGCUAUUCUCUCCACGAAUUGUCUCUCACUGGAAACCCACUUCUUCAAGAAGUAAACUGGAGGCAUUCUCUACUUAAAGUGUUACCGGCUCUAAGAAUCCUCAAUGGUGAAAUGAUAAACUCUUGUUCAGAAAGGCAGACUGAAGAAUACUAUCAAUCAGAAUUAGGACGUUUCUUGGUACUUUGUCAGUCCCAGAUUCAAGAAUUCAACUUACUAAUUGAAAAGUAUAUUACUGUGAAAGGAAAUUUGGUCACCCUGGAUGCUGCAGAAAAUCUCUGCCAUUAUUUUAAGAAAUUAAUGACACUUAGUAAUGAAUGCCGAUAUGCACAUGAACACGGGGAUGCAUGUAUCACCCAGAGAGAAGAAUCAGAAGUCCAGCAAAAUCAUUUAGCUACAGAUAGUGAUAGCAUCCUGCAAAAUAGAGUUCUCCGGUCUUGUGCAGACAGGUAUAAACUGGAAUCACCAGAUAUUUCUGAGAAAUGGAUGAAUUCUGACUCUAGUCAUUCUACAUCAACCAAAUCCUCUUUAUGUGAAGAUACAGAAGGAAGAAAUCAGGGAGAAAUAGCAGACCAGAAGAGAGAAGACAGCAAAUUAAACAGUAUCCCCACUAAAAGAAUCCCAUUUGUGGAAACAGUAAUGACAAGUUCUCUGCUGAGGAAUUGCCAAAAUAUUGGACAUCGUAAUAAAAUUAUGGCAGCUUUGGUAAUCCAGGCACACUGGCGUGGUUACAUGGUACGCAGACAGAUUAAUUUCUCUACAAGGCUACAUACUGCUGCAGUAGGACCCCUGACAUUCCAACCCAAUGACUGCAUCAAGAAUAAAACUAUUUUAAAGGAAGAAAAAAGGGAAAACACCGUGAAUAUCCAAGAACAGAGGGAAAAGGCUGCUAUUCUUAUUCAGGCAGUUUGGAAGGGCUUCCUUUUGCGAAAGAAACUGACAACAGCUUUAGAGGCUAUUAAGAAUGAAGAAUCUGAAGAAGAAUAUGAAGAAAUAAAUUUGGAGGAUUUUACAUUUGAUGAAGCUGCCUUAGAUAAAGAAUGGCUAGCUUUAGAUUCCGCCCGCUUCCCUUCACAAACACUGCUUCUCCCGAACCAGCUGCACUGGCCAAAGUUCUGUGGAACCCUAAAAUAUGAUGAUACUUCACUGAAUUUACCAAGCCAUCCAGCUCAAGCGUGGCUAUGUAAUGAGAAAGAAAAUUUGUUUUCAUCAGAACACUCACAGUUUAAUAGCAGACCAGAACACAGAACUUUGUCCUGGACACCUGAAUCAAAGAUCAGCAGAAAGAGUUCGCUAAAAUCUGAAAAAGAAGAAAAAAUUUCGAAAGAAUGGGGCUUUAAGGACAUUGCUACUGCUCAGCAAAUGUUGAAGAGAGCACAGAAGAUGAAAUCAAAGAAAUUAAGGAAAAAAUUAGAUCCCACUGUUUGCCUAGAAUUAUUCAAAAACAAUGAAAAUAAAGUUUCUGUUACAAAAUCACCAAAGAAGGCACAGCCCAGAAGAGAUGAUUACUUUGAAGGUAAGGAAGAAGAAUUUAUCUACAAGGAUGCCACUGCAAAUGAAAAAUUAGAAAGGAGUAAAGAAUACACAUACCAAUGGCUUCACACACAGGUUGGGAUUCAUGAAACAACUAGUUCCAGAAAUAUGAAAUGCAAACACUUCUUGCCUGAGUUAGAUCCAGAUAUACUUAACGGUGGAAGAGUUCAGCUUGUGGCAAGACUUGUAAGCAGAGAAGACACGGAUUUAGACCUUUUUUCCAUGACCAGUGGAAGUGCUUUGUCUGUAAAGAGAGAAAAAAAAAAUCAGGCACACAGACACUCAGCGGGAUCUUCAAGUAAGUUGUGGUUUCCUUCAGAAUUAAUUUAGAAAUCACAAACGAAUUGAUGGAACAUAAUGCCAACAAGCAUUCUUUUUUAGAUAAGGGGUAGGCUGCCAGCAGCCAGAACUGCCUGAAAGUGUGUAUUGGAAGUUUUUCUUUCUUUAAAUGUCUUCUUUUGAUAUAAACCAAAUUAAAUCAUUUCUAAAAUUAACGGCAUCAAUUUUUAUUUUAAUUAUAAUUCUGUGACUCCAUGUUCUACUUUCCUCACUUCCCAUGAAUAUAUUGAAUUGUUUGAUCAUUUAGCUCUAAAACAAGUUUUAGGCUAAUUGCAAAAAGUUGGAUUUAUAUAUCAAAGUAGUGUAUUUUGGCCUUUUGUCACUGAUAUAAUAGAUGUUAUAGGUCACCUUAACUUUUAAAGGAAACUUUUUAAAAUAACAGACUUUUAGAUAAUAAUAUUAUUAUCAAAACUGUCAAAACCAUGCUUUGGACACUAUUUCUUUCUUUUUCUUUUCUUUUUUUUAAUGUUUAUUGAUUUUUGAGAGAGAGAGAGACAGAGCAUGAGCAGAACAGAAUCUGAAGCAGGCUCCAGGCUCUGAGCUGUCAGCACAGAGCCCGACGCAGGGCUCGAACCCAUGAGCUGUGAAAUCAGGAUCUGAGCUGAAGUAGGAUGCUCAACCGACUGAGCCACCCAGGCGCCCCUCGAGCUUAUUUCUGUUGAAUAGAUAACAGUUCACAUUUAUUAAUGAUGAAUUUUUACAUUUGUUAACUUGACACACCCAUCUGUUACCUUCAAUAUC